AUGCAUCUGUACCUCUCAAAAAUGAAGACUACAAGCGAUAUUUACCACGGUACCAUCAAUCUGACAACGACUGGCCAAAAGCAAUUCAAUUCAUUUCCAUUUUCUUUUGAGAAGGAAAAAGACAAAACAAACAGGAAAGAUCCAAUAUGUGGGUAUAAAUACAGCGAAGCAAAGGAUCUAAUAGUCCUCUUUGAGUAGGGCUUGGUCUCUGACCCACUCGUUAUGCUGUUACAAUAAAAGGGUAGAGAGUACAUUGGAGCAGUGUUUGGCUCUUAACGUCUACCCCCUUUUCACCAAGUUCCUCUCUUUCUCUCUGAUUCCAUCCAUACCCAUUUGUACUUGAUUUUUCUGUUUGCAGUUAUUAAUCUUUUUGUGUGAUGGGAGAGAGAAUCCCACCUGGGAGUUACUUCCAGUACCCUCCUUCUGGUGCCCAUCAAGCUUCUCCUCAUAGGUCCUGUUCUCUUCCUUCAGAUCGUGAAAGAUGCUUGGCUGAAUUACUGGCAGAGAGGCAAAAGUUGGUACCAUUUAUACAAGUUCUACCACACUGUAGCAGGCUUCUUAAUCAUGAAAUCAGACGAGUAACAGGUUUCAGUCAAGGUUUUGUAGAUCAUGAAAGAUAUGAACAUGAUAGUCCUUAUCGAUCAUUAGGUCAGCAGCCAAAUGGAAGAUCAAUGGAAUUGGAAGCAUGGUCUGGUAUGCAAACAGAGGAAAAUGAGCAUCUUCAAAGAAUGGCCUCAUUUCAUGCUACUUCAGUGGGCUGGCCUGGGGUCCCUGGAGUCGCAACCACACCUGUCAUAAAGAGAGUGGUCAGACUUGAUGUUCCAGUUGACAAAUAUCCAAAUCAGUAUAAUUUUGUCGGCCGAAUACUGGGACCCCGUGGAAAUUCCUUGAAAAGAGUUGAGGCCAUGACUGAAUGCAGGGUGUAUAUAAGAGGCAAGGGGUCUGUGAAGGAUUCUGUAAAGGUGUUGCCACAAAUAGCUCUUCCCCAACUUUCUCUAAUGGAGGAGAAACUAAAAGAUAAACCUGGUUAUGAACACCUCAAUGAGCCACUGCACGUGUUGGUGGAGGCUGAAUUUCCAGAGGAUAUAAUAAAUGCCCGCUUGGAUCAUGCCAUAACAAUACUAGAAAGCCUCUUGAAGCCUGUGGAUGAAUCCUUGGAUCAGUAUAAAAAGCAGCAAUUAAGGGAAUUGGCUAUGCUUAAUGGUACACUAAGGGAGGAAAGUCCAGGUAUGAGCCCAAGCAUGAGUCCGAGCAUGUCACCCUUCAACACUGCAGGAAUGAAACGGGCCAAGACGGGAAGAUAAUCCUGCAUUAUGUCGACGGAUGAUGCAUUAAUUGCUGGAGCUGGAAGACAGCAACUGUUUGAUAAAAGCCCCUUGCACAUUCUAUUUCUCACAACCUUGGAAGAACCCUUGGAAGCUGACUAUUCAGGAAAGGCUCACUGAACUUGUGAAUUGGGGGCUUAAUCGCUUGAGCCUCAGUUGGGUUAUUUGCUUCGCUAGAUUAUGAUCAAUAUGGCAUCGCGUUUAUCUAUAGUAUAUUUUUUCUUUCAUGUAUUAUUAUUCCUUUGAACAUCAAAUUAGUUAUUUCAUUGGUUAAACGAGCAUCUUUUGCAUAAUUUAUUCAUGUUUUCAUAAGUCUGUAACUUCUAAAUGCAUUAGAAGAAGAUUUCUUUAAAGUUUAAACAUUUAUGUAUUUAUUAAGACAACAGCUGUGCAGCUGGUUUCUUCUAGUUGACAUGUUAUGUUCUAAUAACUCUGCCGGAUUGUGGCUAUGAAUAAGACAACGACACAGUAUCUUGGCA